AUGUUUUUGACAUGCAUUCAAAUGCUUCGACAGCCUCGGACCUACCCAUUAUCUCGAUGGUAUAAACAUGAAAAAUUGAAGGAACAAGCGAAGCAUUAUUUUUACAAGUCAUUGCGUGUUCGAACUGGAUUAAUGUCAAUCUUACUAAGAAAAUCAUUGAAAAAGCAGUAUUUUGCCCGCCGAAAUAAAGAUACAGUUGCUGGAAUAUUGCGAAAUAAUAGACUUGCAGCGGCUACUUCUGAGCAUAAUGUGACUCCACACAUGUUCAAAUCAGGACUUGGUCAUUGUAAAAUUAUUCUAUCAAAUAAAAUACUAACGAAUCUUGCAAUUUAUGAACCGAGAACAUUCAAAGGACUGAUUGAAACAGCUCAACGAGCAAAUAUUGAGAAAUUACGAGAAAGGCAUGAGGAGCUGCCUGAUAGGCGUUUGACUGCACACAGACCAAGGCCGAAACUCACUACUGGAAUACAUUAA